AUGCCCCCCAAGAAGGUCGCCCGUGCUCCCCAGGAGAACAUCUCCCUGGGCCCCUCCGUCCGCGAUGGCGAGCUCGUCUUCGGUGUCGCCCGUAUCUUCGCCUCCUUCAACGAUACCUUCGUCCACGUCACCGAUCUGAGUGGCCGUGAGACCAUCUGCCGUGUUACUGGUGGUAUGAAGGUCAAGGCCGAUCGCGACGAGUCCUCCCCCUACGCUGCCAUGUUGGCUGCUCAGGACGUCGCUGCCCGCUGCAAGGAGCUUGGCAUCAACGCUCUUCAUAUCAAGAUCCGUGCCACUGGUGGUAACGGUACCAAGACCCCCGGCCCCGGUGCCCAGUCCGCUCUCCGCGCUCUGGCUCGUGCUGGCAUGAAGAUCGGUCGCAUUGAGGACGUCACUCCCACUCCUUCCGACUCUACCCGCAGAAAGGGUGGUCGCCGUGGUCGCCGUCUCUGA